GCCAUCUGGAAAGGGGCGUGGUCUCGGAAAAGGGGGGUGUUUCCGACAUUUUCACAAAAAUCCAACAUAUUUACUAAGGUUUCCACAUAAAAUGUGGUGGAUUUGAGCUGAGGAAAACCAGACAGAUCAGAGAACGUGUAAAAAAAAAAAGCAAAGUGUAGGGAAACCUUAGUAAAUACCGUGGAAAAUAAAUUGUAGGGAAUUAAAACCCACAAAGAAACCUACACAACAGUCUUAGUAAAUAAGGGCCAAUGUAACUUAUAUGUAACCAGUGUUUGGACACAAUAGUGCGGAGUGCAGGGCAGUUCUUCAGGAUGACCAGCAGGUGGCGCCCGUGCGGGUCCCAUUAUCCAGACGGAAGGGGAAGAACCAGGCAGUGCAUAGCUUGACAGAGAAGGUUUUGUGUUGCAGCUGCAGGUCUCCAGCACAGGGUCUCCAGCACAGAUCCGGGCUCCUUCUACUCUCAUUCAGUCUCUGGCUAAUCUACUGGAUCUACUGGAUCUCUGUACUAUGUUCUGCAAUGGAUACUGCACUGGGGGGUGAUCCUGAGCCUGUGAGCUGCCUGCAGAGGGGUUUGUAGCUGGGGGGUUUGCACAGCCCAUCCCUUUCCUUCUGCUGUGAAUACAAGGACUGCAGAUAGGAGAAUCUCAUCCUACAAGGGGGAUCUGCUGCUGAUCUACAGGGGAUCCUGACUGCUGCCCAACCUGCUGGAUUUCUCUUGCCUGUCUGGAUUGAUCCCAUAGAGUAAAGAUGGAGGCAGUGAUAGAGAAGGAGUGCAGUGCCCUGGGAGGUCUGUUCCAGACCAUUAUCAGUGACAUGAAGGGAAGCUACCCAGUUUGGGAAGAUUUUAUUAACAAAGCUGGAAAACUACAGUCACAGCUCAGGACCACCGUAGUGGCGGCAGCAGCAUUCCUGGACGCCUUCCAGAAAGUAGCGGAUAUGGCGACCAACACUCGGGGGGCGACUCGAGAAGUUGGUUCAGCGCUGACCAGGAUGUGUAUGAGACAUCGCAGUAUAGAGUCCAAGCUCAGACAGUUUUCCAGCGCCCUCAUCGACUGUCUGAUCAACCCGCUGCAAGAGCAAGUGGAGGAAUGGAAGAAAGUGGCCAAUCAGCUGGACAAGGACCAUGCAAAAGAAUAUAAAAAGGCGCGGCAAGAAAUCAAAAAGAAGUCGUCUGAUACCCUCAAACUGCAAAAAAAGGCCAAGAAAGGUAGAGGAGAUAUACAGCCUCAGCUGGACAGCGCUCUACAAGACGUCAAUGACAAGUACCUGCUCCUGGAGGAGACCGAGAAACAAGCAGUCAGGAAAGCGCUUAUCGAGGAACGCAGCCGCUUCUGCUCCUUUAUCUCCAUGCUCCGGCCUGUCAUAGAGGAAGAGAUUUCAAUGUUGGGGGAGAUCACUCACCUCCAAACAAUAUCUGAAGACCUGAAGACCCUCACCAUGGAUCCACAUAAACUACCGUCCGCCAGUGAACAGGUGAUUCAUGAUCUAAAGGGCUCAGACUAUAACUGGUCUUACCAGACUCCACCGUCCUCUCCAAGUACCACCAUGUCCCGCAAGUCCAGUGUCUGCAGUCUGAACAGCGUUAACAGUAGUGACUCCAGAUCCAGUGGUUCCCACUCACACUCACCCACUUCGCACUAUCGCUAUCGCAGCUCCAAUCUGCCCCAGCAGGCCCCCAUGAGGCUGUCCAGCGUGUCCUCCCACGAUUCGGGUUUCAUCUCCCAGGAUGCCUUUCAGUCAAAGUCUCCGUCCCCCAUGCCGCCAGAGGCUGUGAACCAGCAGAAUUCAUCCAGUUCAGCGUCAUCUGAAGCCUCUGAGACCUGCCAGUCCGUGAGCGAGUGCAGCUCCCCGACUUCUGUGAGUUCUGGAUCCACCAUGGGAGCGUGGGCCUCCACUGAUAAGUUGUCUAAUGGCUAUUAUCACUUUGGUUUGUCCAAUGACCCGUCCUCCGCCGGUCAUUUCACCCAUUUCCCGCUCCCAGCCUCCCGUCCUUGGACCCGGUCUAGCUCAGAUUGUCAGCACUAUUACACCAUUGGGCCGGGCAUGUUACCAUCAUCUAAGAUCCCCACCUGGAAGGACUGGGCUAAGCCAGGUCCAUACGACCAGCCUACGGUGAAUACUCUUCAGAGACGUAAACGUGAAGCUGAUCCCUGUGGAGGAGGCUAUAGCUCAGCUCUAGGACCAACCAGCGAUGUCCGAUUUCACAGAAAUGCCAGUGUGCCCGCACCGUCCAGGCAAGGUGAAGAAACAGAGAACUGCGACGACUUGGCCCUGGCGUUGAGCAGAGGAUUGCAGCUCGAUACGCAGAGGAGUAGCAGAGAUUCCUUACAAUGUUCUAGUGGGUACAGCACACAGACAACAACCCCAUGCUGUUCAGAAGAUACCAUCCCUUCCCAAGUUUCAGAUUAUGACUACUUCUCUGUGAGUGGAGACCAAGAACCUGAUCCACAGGAUUUUGAUAAAUCUUCCACCAUCCCUCGAAACAGCGAUAUCAGCCAGUCCUACAGGAGAAUGUUCCAAGCUAAACGCCCGGCCUCCACUGCUGGGCUACCGGCCACUUUUGGACCAGUAAUCGUCACCCCUGGUGUGGCCACCAUUCGUAGGACACCAUCCACCAAGCCAUCAGUGAGACGCGGCACUAUCAGUGGAGGUCCCAUACCAAUAAAGACACCAGUUAUACCUGUGAAGACCCCCACAGUGCCAGAUAUGCCAAGUGGGCUUUCCAACACUAAUGAAGAAUGCUAUGAGCAGAGUCCCGAUUCUCCUUCCCUCAUGGAAGCUGCGGUGCUUACGGGCGACAUACCAAAUUCACUGUGGAGCGGACAGGCCUCUGUGAACCCUCCAGUGCCGGGACCUCACGGCAUGAUAGUGGAAGAACAGAGGCAAGGAAGGUCAGAAAAUGAUGAGGAGGAUGAUGACGAUGAUGGAGCUUCUAUCCCUGAUGCCCCAGUCCAAGUCAGCCCAGAGGAAGCAGAUUCUGCACCAUUGGAGGCUCCUCACGGAGAAGAUAUGCUGAUUGCCAUCCGCCGUGGGGUUAAACUCAAGAGGACCACCACGAAUGAUCGCUCGGCCCCUCGGUUCUCCUAGAAGAAAUGGCAUUACUAAGGCUGGGACUACAGAACUUCACCCUGGCAACUCUCUUUAACCCAUUCCAGUCUGUGAUCGGCGGAUUGUUUAGGAGCGUACACAGGGUUGACUCUUAGAGGAAGAAAUAUACGAAUAUAUAUUCUCACGAUAAAGCAAAGUAGAAGAGCAAGGUUACUAUCUGUCCGUGUCCUCAUACUGUAAAUAGUGAUUGGACUUCUGCACAUAGUUAUUCCCCUUUAUGUUUCCAGGUUAUUUUUUGGCCCCUUCCAUUUAAUUUUUUUUUUUCCCGUAUUUUUUUCCAUAAAGUGCCAAAAUCUCCUUUUCAUUUUCUAUGUGUAAGUCUUUGUAAAUUUUUUCAACCACUUCAAAUGGGACAAGAAGUGUGCACCGCGACAGACAAAGGACUGUUUUUCUUGUGAACUUCACCCCGUCUCAAAAACAAAACAAAAACCACAAAAAAACUAAAAAAAAAAACUUUGUAUAGAUAAAGCAUGAGUAUACCUUUUGUGGCAUGAUGGGAGAUGUAGUUCAACAACCGUUGCACAGCCAGAGGAUGAUAAGGUGUAGAACACCUCCGGAUCAUAGCAGCUUAGAUUUUUUCCUAUACACGACUACGAGCUUAGGUUUUUUUUUUUCUUUUUAAUUAUUAUUGUUAUUUUUUUUUUUAUAUAUUUUUUUCCGUUUUUUUUAACUGUUAUAAAUUAUUAACAAUUAAGAGCAAUAUUAAAAAAAAAAAAAAAAAUAGCAUGUAACCAGGGGGAAUAAAGGGUUAAGAACGCCAUGAUAACAUAUGCUGUUACACACACGUCACCUGUAAUUUAGUCAUUGCUUGUAGCUCCAUGGUAGACCACCUAGGCCGUACCUGACCCCAGUGUUCCUGUAACACAGAGUGCUUUUAACCCCGUCAAUAUACACGUCAUCUUCUUCAGUGUAAUAUAUUAGACCCAUUGUGUCACUUUUAGUACCGUAUGUAUUUCCUUACUAUGUUAGGAUUGGGUAACAUCUUAUCUAUGGAUUGUGUCUGGUAUAGGUAUUAGCUUCUUUGAUGUGAAAGCUGCUGGAGCUGAAAUACUACACACAACCAGUGGACAGGUGGGGCACUGUUUUUGAAAAAAUGUUACCAGAUUUUUGGAAGCCAUUUUUGGGCCAAGGCAAUGGCUACCAGUGAGAUAUCACAUGUCCAGGAAACUGGCGCAUGAAAUGGCGGCCAUCUUUGAAGACUGGUAAAAUGUCCCCCCCCCGCCGCCUGUUCCUCCUAUAUCAUAAAGCACUCAACUUUUUUUUUUUUUUGUUUAAAAAUAAAUAUGUGCGCUCUCAUUAUCUCACCCAAGUACUAGCAUAAUAAGGGGUUAAGUAUAAUGUUAAUUCUAAUAAUUCAUAAAAAAUGGCUAAGGCAAUUAUAGAGAUAUUAAACAAUUACGUUAGCUGGGAGUUCACAGAUGUAAAAUAGAAUCACAAAAAAAAAAAUUAUUAAAAAUAAAAUGUAAAAAAAAAAAAUAGUAAAAAAAAAAUAAACUAAAAACUGUGUAUUCACAUUUGAAAGGCCCAGCUGGCUGGGUCACAAGUUUGCAAUGUUUCGAUCACAUCUAAACGACACUUUACACCCACUCAUCGCUGUAUUGUGGAGGCAAAUGGUUUUACAAAACAAAAUUGUAUUUUUUUUUUUUUCUUGUAAAUUUUUUCAAAUGUUUUACACACAUUUGGCACAGGACUUCCAUGGAAGGUAGACAGUUUUUAUUUAGUUUUGAGUAAAUUAUCUGUGAAAAAAAAUAAUAAUUUUUUAGACUGUUUCACGGUGGGAAGUAGCACUGUAGCACAUUUUUUUAAAGAAACAAAACACACAGAAUUUUAUGUAUAUAGAUUAAUACUAAUCACAAGAGGUCAAAAGAAAUCUGCAGAAGUUUGGAAUUGAUACUAGAAAGAACCUUGAAAUGCUUUUAGGUGAUCCUGACGUACAUGGAACGCCGGUUCAAUAUCCGAUCACACAAACUAGAGCCCCUUUUAUUUAAUAAUUAGAAUUUUUGGGUUUUGGGCAUGUUUAAUUUAUUUAAUUUACUAUUGUUUUGAAAAAGUUUUGAAUCUUUUUAGAUAUUCAUCGAAGCCUUCACGGCAGUUUUCAAUAUCAUUUUAGAAGGCAACUUCUGGAGCCAAAUCAUUUUUUUUUUUAUAUAUAUAAAUUCACAAAAAGUUUGACUUUAUAAAUUCUAAGUCAGAGCUUUUCUGUUCUCAAACUGAACUUUUAAUAGUUGUUAGUCAACAAGUUUUUAACAUACAAGGCUCAAAAAUGCCCAUUGUAGUUACCAAUUUUUUUUUUGUCAAUGAAUCGGUCAUGACUCCGCUUGUUGGCAAGAAAUUUUAUAUAUAUAUAUAUAUAUAUAUAUAUAUAUAUAUAUAUAUAUAUAUACAGUAUAUAUCGAAGACCUACAUGUAACUCCAGAUAUAACUAGAAUAGGCCAUCCUAAUGACCCUUCUAUUGGGCACACAAAAUGGGCCAAAUGCUUCUUAUCUGCCAACACAAUCUACGAUUCACUGGACCAGCUUCUUCGAUGAGAAAAAAAAAAAAGUUUCUGAAAUUUCAAAAAUAUAGUUAGAAUUUUAAUAUUUUUUUCAUAAUUAGUUAGUAUUUUCUUAAAUUUUUUGGGCCAAGAAAUUUUUUAAGAAACUUGGAAACUUAUCCCUCAGAUACCUAAAAUCACAUUUAUGGAUACAGCAAUGACAAUGUAAAAAAUGUCUAUUUUAAGCAGGAAUCUUGCAAAUUUCCAAUGUAUAGUGCUUAGUGACCCCCACCCCCCGAUAAUUAAAAAAAUAAAUAAAUAAAUACCUCUUUCCCCCCCACCAAAAAAAAAAAAACACAAAUUCCUCUAUUUUAUAUAUAUAUAUGAUGACAUUGCUAUUUCUUUCUAGAGCAAUAUAUUUAGAAUUGUAGAAAUAUAUUUCAGGAUAAGGAUCGGCAUCUUUUUUUGCGGUUUGAGGGGGAAGUACGCGGUUAUACAGGAUAGUGGGGCCCAUUGGAUAAAUUGAUGCCAAAAAAAAAAUGCAAUAUCGUCAAAGGUGCUAAUCUCCGAAAACCCAACUCUGCAAAUUCCUUUCUGGCUGUCGUUUAAGAUGUAAAGUAACUCGUGAAGUUGUCGUGUUUCAUGUAUGAAGACGUGCGCUGCUGUGGUUCCUUUCCACAUGUUAUGAUGCAGUACGGCGUUAUUUCAGGGCAUGGUAAAAUAAAAUUAAAAUUUUUUAAAGUCUAGUGAUUUAAAUUUUUUUGUUUUCAUUUUUUUGAGGUUUUUCUUUAAAACCACCCUCUGAGUUUAGGGCAAAGAAAAAAAAAAGUAUUAAGAAGGCGGCCAUUUUGUUUUUACAUAACAAGCUAAGCUAACAUCAAAGAGGACAGCCAUUUUGUCCCCAGACUGUGUUUUUGUUCUAAGCUAAUUUUUUAAGAAUCUUAGAUUUUAUUUUCCAUUUCUUUAUUUUACUAUUUAUAUUAUAACAUAAUCCUUAAAUCUUGAAGUUUCCAUUUUAUUUUUUUGAGGUCUUUCUUAAACUCAGAGAUCGGUAUUAAGUAAGAAAAGUAUUAAGAAGGCGGCCAUUUUGUUUUUACAUAACAAGCCAAGCUAACAUCAAAGAGGACAGCCAUUUUGUCUCUAAGCUAUUUUUUUUUAAGAAUCUUAGAUUUUAUUUUCUAAUUCUUCAUUUUUUGUUAUUUAUAUUAUAACAUAAUCCUUAAAUCUUGCAGUUUCCAUUCUGGCUACUAGGCCUAAAAUUAAUAUGAGACUUCCUGUUCUGUACUGAUCACUUCCCAGCAGUCUUCUCCUUACCAUCACAGACAGAAUUACAGUGAAAGGCGACACCAGUGUGUAGAUAAGAGGAUCCAUCACCAUUCCCAAUAGCUGCUGCUCACAGAUCAGCCUCCCCUUCCUGUACAAUGACCUCUGCAAAGGUCACGGAGCAUGCUUAGAAAAGGCUCCCUUUCAUGUCAAUAGGGUCUAGGCAGGUCUAUUGUGCUUAUGUCUAUAGGUCCUGCUGUAAAGCGUAUCACUAAAUGCUGUUAACAACAACCGAUUACCUUCACGUUGAAACCUUGUAGAGCAGUGUUUCCCAACCAGUGUGCCGCCAGCUGUUAUAAAACGACAACUCCCAGCAUGACCGGACAGCCUUCGGCUGUCCGGGCAUGCUGGGAGUUGUCGUUUUACAACAGCUGGCAGCACACUGGUUGGGAAACACAGUUUUAAGGUAUUGAACCUAUAAUAUGGACACUAAAAAGUUUUGAUAAGCCUAAGAUACAUUAGUUACUAACCAAUUGGUUACCUUCUUAUGAUUAUUAAUAUAGCCCACAAAAUGGCUGCCCCCAGUGCGUUGAGGAAAAUAUCUCUUAAGGUUGGCCCUAGAGUUUUCUAAGGCAACUUUUCUUAAAUGGACUUAUAGACAUUGUUGAGUUGGGCACUUUGCUAUAAGCCAGAAUAGAGUUGCUGCCAUGUACGUGGCGGCCAUCUUUUCCCGCCAAAAUUUAAUUAUCUAUGCCAGAAAGUCAAAACCACAGUGAUCAUGUGAUCACGACAGCAGAUUCAAGUUCUCUUCCACCCCUUUAGUGACUAUGACAAGUAUAUGGAUCGACUGCCUACACGUGACACUUGGUACAGCCAACAAAAUGGCUGCCACCCCCCCAAUGCAUGUAUCCAGGUCCACUUUAUACAACAUCAUUACGCCACUAAAAUCACAGCAGACAUUUUGUACACUCAACAAUUCAAUAACAACCGAUGUCCGUACCUUCUUGGGAGUCCAUUGGCCACCUACUUGCGAGUAUUGAUAAGGCCGACAAAAUGGCUGCCCCUCACUCUGUGUGUAUCGGAUGGAUACACCUCUUUUUUUGUUUAAUAUAAGGACACAGUUAUCCAUGUCUGAAAUGAAUUAAGUGGCUAGUAUGAAGUACGUGGUUGUCAUUCCUCCCCCACCCCCGACCAGUGAACGUAUAGUAUGAGAAUACCGCCACGUUCACUGUAGGAUUACGCCCUCUUUUUAUCGUUCUGUUUUGUGUUCUUUUUUGCAUAUUGUAUCGCAGUGUCACGGCAGAAGACUCGGGUUGUUGCGACAAAUAAAUGCGCGGGUUCUUCUGCUCUUGUGUUUAGAUGCUAGUUUGUACUGAGAGUUGACCUCUCCCUGUGCAGGUUGUUUUACAUUGUUUAAAUGACUUUUUGAUGUAACUGUGCCUCCCCCGUACAUUGUAACUAUUGCUUCAGCCUACAUAAAAAAAAAGAAUAAAGAAAACCUGGAUAAAGG